GUGGCAAUUUUGACCGAGAGGAAGCUAAAAAUUGAAGAUAGAACGAGAACUUCCUCCUCUGGUUUCCGAAUUCCAGAUUUUCCAUCAAUCGAUUUUCCUUUCUGCCGGAAUUUUCCCGGGAAAAUCAGGAAUUUUCUCGGAGGAAUUUUACCAUGAGCAUGAACUGUGUCUCUACAUUCAAAUUGAUUCCUUCAAGUGCUUUAUUUCCUUGCACAUCAUCAUCACUAAACCCUGCCAAGUUUCUUCACAUUUCGAGCUCGUUUUCGCCCAGAUGGCGUAGUUACGCUUCUUCUUCUCCAAUUAGAAGGAAAACCCUAACCGUAGUAUCUUCGAAGUCAUCGGAGGCGGAGGAUGUAUCGGAUACGGAGGACGAGUGGCUGAAGAAGCUACCGGAGAAGAACAAGCCACUGUAUUCGCAUAGCUUGCCUUGUAUCGAGGCGUGGCUGAGGAAAUUAGGGUUUUACCAAAGCAAAGACGAUAGAGCUGUUUGGCUGAUUCAGAAACCUGAUUGGCACGCCCAAUUAUCUCUCGACGUCACAGAUCUCUGCAUAAGGUACCUGAAAAGCGGACCAGGAAGUCUAGAGAGAGACAUGGAAAGAAGAUUUAGCUAUGCAUUGAGCAGAGAAGAUACAGAGAACGCCAUACUCGGAGGACCUUGAUGAAGAAAGAAAGAGUUUUGUGUUGAACAUCUUUGUUCAUUGCUAUUCCGGUGGUUUUCCUCUGUGUGAUGUAUUUGCUUCUUUGAUCGAAAAAAAACCUUUUUAUUUAAUUCACGAUUCAUUAGCAAGGUACCAAUAAAAAAUUCUCAACUCUUAAUCAAUGUGAAUGUAGAAAUGUAUAUGCAUUUAAAGAACACAUACCUGAGCAACGAGCCUCCUCUAGAUAGCGU